AUGACCACCGACGAGGCCACCAGAAGCGAAGGGGAGGUGCAGGCGGCGGCGCCGCCGGAGCGCGGCGAGGACAUCACGCCCGCCCGAGACCGAGGGGUCCUCAAGAUUAUUAAAAGGCCUGGCCAUGAGGAUGAGUGUCCCAUGAUCGGAGACAAGGUGUACGUGCACUACAAAGGAAAACUGGCCAAUGGCAAGAAAUUCGACUCGAGCCGCGACCGGAACGAGCCGUUUAUCUUCAGCCUGGGCAAAGGCCAGGUAAUCAAGGCAUGGGACAUCGGGGUGGCUACCAUGAAGAAGGGAGAGAUCUGCUACUUGCUGUGCAAACCAGAAUAUGCCUACGGCUCUGCUGGCAGUGCCCCCAAAAUCCCCUCCAACGCAACCCUCUUUUUCGAGGUUGAGUUGCUUGAUUUCAAAGGUGAAGACUUAUUUGAGGACGGAGGGAUAAUUCGGAGAAUCAAGAGGAAGGGAGAAGGUUAUUCCAACCCAAAUGAAGGCGCUACGGUGGAAAGCGGUGUGAAGCAGGAUGAAGCCCCUCCGCUGCCCUAA